AUGCUGGAGCGACCACACUUCAUCCCUCGGAACCGGCGCGCGAACUUGGCCAAGUACAAGUACAGCGGCGAGGACCACUCGAUCAUCUCCCGUUAUGUCCUGACGCCCUACUGGAACCGCUUGGUCACAUGGGUCCCCAUGAGCGUGGCGCCGAACCUGAUCACAUUGACUGGCCUCGUGUUUGUAAUGCUGAACUUCGGGAGCCUGGUGGCGUUUCAACCCGCCCUAGCAUGCUCCCACAAGCCCUCGUUCGUUUCAAAAGCGGGCUCGCUCCUCGAAUCUUCCCAGGGGAGUCUGCUCGCCAGACUCAAGUCGUUCGUCGGCCUCUCGGACUACCAAGCCAAAUGUCCCAGUGGCUGGCUCUAUCUGAGUUUUGCGCUAGGAUUGUGGAUUUACCAGAGUUUAGACGCUAUUGAUGGUAAACAAGCCAGGCGAACGGGAACCUCUGGACCACUAGGAGAGCUCUUCGACCACGGCUGCGAUGCGUUAAACACUACUCUUGGCGCCAUCCUUGCCUCAGCUUCCUUGAAUCUAGGCCAUUCCUGGUGGACAGUUGCCUCUCAAGUCGCAUCACUGGCCAACUUUUAUCUGACCACUUGGGAAGAAUAUCAUACCGGGACUUUGUUUCUGAGUAGUUUCAGUGGUCCUGUCGAAGGCAUCUUGCUAGUGAUUGGUGUCUUUUUGAUCACCGCAGUAUACGGCCCUCCCUUCUGGGAUCAGGGUGUUUUAACUCUCUUGGGGCUCGGCUCAUUCCCUUUGUUGAAGAACUCGGGGUUGGAUGUUCCGCUAAACAAAUGCUCAUUGGUCUUUGCUAUCUUCAGUCUGGGAUCCAACAUACUGGGAAGUUACAUGAACGUCGUGAAAAGCAACCGUGGCCAAAAAGGUUCUAACGCUAAAACGCUGCUCGGAUUAUUGCCGUUUGUUUUGCAAACGGCGGUCAAUCUCUUAUGGCUUCACUCGCAACCAUCUCUAAUGAACCGCCACCUCUUACCUUUCAUGGUAUACUAUGGUCUGAGUUUUGCAUAUCUGGUUGGGCUUCUUAUUGUUUCACAUAUCCUCAAGGCCCCCGAAGUAUUCCCCUAUUGGAAUGUAUUGCUCUGUUGGUCUUUCCUUGGCUUCGCAGAUUCUUAUAUCAGUACUCUCACCUUCGGCUUGGUCAAGCACCCGUUCUUGCAAAACUCCGAAGCUGGCGUCGUCAAGUUUAUCUGGCUUAGCAUCUUGGUCGCCGGCCUUGUGUAUGCCUAUUUUGUCAUCGAUGUUGUUCUAGAUGUCUGUGACUACUGUGGCAUAAAUUGCCUGACAAUCAAGAAGUCUGGAGGUCAGAGGCUUGGCCAAGCUGCUCCAGAUUCCCCCUCCAAAGCCGUCGACAGCGUCUCCACCAAAGAGAAAAUUCCAAACAUCCGCAAAAAGACCAAACUUUUCUGA